ACGGAGGAAUCUUGGGACGCCAUUGCCACCUCGAUAACCACUAUUACACAAGUAUGCCGGGAUGGUGGCUGUGACUAUCCAGAAACAAUAGUUCCCUCUCUACGUGCGCUGUCGAUUCCAAUUACUAGCGCUAUCAAAUCGGAACGAACACGGUUGUCGGGUGUGGCCAUCGACUGUAUCACGGAAUUGGCUACUGGUCUUGGCACAUCCUUCGAAUCCCUUCUUCCAGCAUUUUUUCCGACCCUCCUUUCAGUAUGUGCACGUACAAACAAAGUCUUCGUGACUCGCGCUCGAGCCUGCAUUCUCGUCAUCAUCGAGUCCACGCAACUCCCUUCAAUUCUGCCAUAUUUCGUUCACUCUAUCAAGGACAAGUCGACGUCGCUGAGACUGGUGGCUGCAAUAGGUGUCUUGACGUGCAUGAAUUGCCUUAAUCCACCAGACUUGGAGAAGGAGGUUCGUGCAAAAGAAAUCGAGAAUCUGAUCAAGGCGACGACAAGGGAUGCAAAUGCAGAUGUUAGAAAAACUGGAAGAAAAGUUUUUGAGGCCUUUAAAGUUUUAUUGCCUGAUAGAGUGGACAAGUACGUU